CUGCUGAACGCGGCCAUUGCAUUAUUGGAGGUUGGUUUCACUCAACGUCAUUAGAUCAUUAGAGAAGUGACACAAGACACAAGUAAUAAAACGUCAAGGCGUACUUUUGUUGGUUGUUCUGAUAACGAAUUUUCAUCUAUUCACGAUGCCUGCAACGAAAGAUAACGAAGAUCCAUACGCACACGUUGCAAAGGGAGCCCUGAAAUUGAAGAACGACCAAGCAGUGAGCAAAAAGAAGAAGAACAAAGAUGGUAAAAAGAAGAAGCUGGUAGAGGUUUCAAAGAUCAUCGAGGAGGAGAAAUCUGAAAAAAGGGAAGUGAUACGAACAAAAGCAGAGUUAGCUUUUCAGAAAAUGCAAGAAAAGAUGCAAACUGAAAGGAUCAAACAAAAAGCCUCCAAGACUCAUAAACAACGAGUGGAGGAAUUUAAUCGACAUCUGGAUAGCUUAACCGAACACUUUGACAUACCUAAAGUGAGCUGGACAAAAUAAGUUUCGAUGUAUCUCUCAAUUAUUUAUAUGUAUAUAUGUUAUGAAUAAUUAGUUUUAAAUUAUGCUAAAAAUAUAAAUAUAUUACGUUUUAUA